CAAAUUAUUGCUCAGUGCGCAAAUAUACACACUCUGGUGUGAUCGAACUUUCCCGCUCUCGCGGAGCAUCUUUUAUGAAUUUUCCGUUUGUUUCUCGCGAAAUUUCUGUUAUUUGUGCAAUGGAAGAAACGAAGAUCAACUUAAUCCGCUUCAAGUAACCAAGAUUCACACAGAAAUGUUUUUCAACAACUUCGUUAAAAGGAGACUCGCGUCUCUACUUCGUCCAUGGCUGGAACAAGAUCCCGAGCUGGACCUCCAGUUAGGGCUCAUCAGUUCCAUCGCAAUCGCCCAAAACCUCCGUCUCGACACGUCAGCUCUCAACCGCGAGAUGGUCGACGGUUCAUCUUCUCCCCGGUUCAUUUUCAAGGAAUUCGUUAUCCAAGAGUUCGUCGUUCGAUUCUCUAAUUGGUCUGCAACCGCCUUCACUUUCGAAGCUCGUGGAAUCAAAGUUACAUUAUCGUAUGAGGAAAUGGAAGAGGAAGGUACUGGAAAGGUGCAGAAAUCGAGUAAUGCGGCGUUCGAGAGUUUGAAGAGGGAUUUAUCCAUGAUCGAUCCGGAGGGUAGUGCUCUGCAUGAUAUUCUGGAAGCAAUCAUGGCAGCUACUUGUCGGAGAAAUCGGAUUAAGUCUUCUUUUUUGAAUCUUCUUCUUCAACAUUGCCGCCUACAGAUACUUAGCAUUAAUUUGCAAGUACAAGUCCCUACCUUAAAUGAAUCCUUUGCAUAUUUGUUGGAAUUAGAGGAGUUCAAUGCAGAAUCUCUACAUUUUGUUCAUGGGUGUCUUUGCAGAGGCCUUGCUAAUGUACUCUUUCUACCUCUGAAGGAGGGAUCUUUGGUUAUCAAUUGUAGUUGCUUUAAGAUUGGGUAUAAGGAAAGCAAUCAAAUUAACCAUAUUUGUUCCUCUGGGAUACUGGCUGCUUGCAUCAAAUUAUACGAUUUCAAACUUGUAGAAUUCACUCUUCAAAUUCCAGAGUUAAGUUUCUUAUUUUCCCCAGUUGAUUUUCCUGCUUUCAUGGCACUUAGUAAAGUGUUCUCAAAAGAAUCCAAGCGGGUCAGAAAUGGUCGGCAUCUAUGGAGACUAGCAGCAAUCAAAAUUGGCCAUGUGAUUUUGGCUCCCAAAUUAUCAUGGUAUAAAUUAGUUGGUCUUACUAUUCUGUGGCUACAUUAUGUUAACCAUUACGAAUAUUUGUUGUCUCUAAUUCGGUAUCGUGCUGAUCACUUGUUGGAAAGAUCUGAUAGUAAGAUGCCAAGGGACAGGGUAAUUUUGACUUCAGCUAAGCACUAUUGGGAGGUGAUAUGUGACAUUGAGAAAGAGCUACCAGCUGAAGCUAUUGCGCAGGCUCGAACUAUAGCUCGAAAUAAAGCUGUGUCAAGUGGUCAACAUUCUGAAGAUAAGUGCAGAGAACUCUUUGUUAAUUCCUGUUUCAAAACCUUUGUUUGGAAAGUUAUGCAAAGAAUUUUCCGGUCAACAGCAUACCUUUUCUAUCUCAGGAAAUCUUCAACUCAAGAUGAACAGUUUGUUGGACACCUGGGAAAUGUUUCUGAGAGUUCAUAUUCACGCCUCCGCUUCAUUUUAAGUGUUGGAAAAAUUUACAUUACCCUUUCCUCAAUGAGUGGAGUUCAAACUGUUAGUGAAAAAGUGGAAUCACAUUUUGGGAUCUCAUAUUCAGAUGUUUUUUCAUUCCGUUUCUCUAUUAAAGUGUUGUUACUAAUGUACAUAGAAGACAUCUUUGAACAGACAUUGUCUUUCUCCUGUGGAAAACUGAAAGUCAAGUAUUUCAUCAGUUCUGUUGGAGGAGCAAAAGAGAGACUUAAGAAUUUGAAAAAUGUUUUGCACGGUGAGCCUGCAAAAAUCUUUCUCCUUUCGGAAAGUAAAAAACCCAAUGCUGUCAGUCAUGCAGAUGGUGGUUAUGACCCAUGUCUAGAAAAUUUUAUAGGAGAAAUGUGCUUGAAUUGGAGAAGAGCUUGCAAGCAAUUUGAAGAAAGUGAAAUCAAGUGUCCUGAAAAUCCACGCCUUCUUUUUGAGAUGAAAAGCUUUUUGAGACAUCCAGAUCUCAAAAAUCUGGGUUCCGGGCUUUGGAAAUGCAAUUUGACAGUGGGAAAGUUCAACAUAGCUUUGGGAUAUUUGUCAAUACUAUCAGUGGUUAUGCUUCUUAGGCAGAUACAACAUGCGCUAAACUGGACUCAGGGAAAUGGGAGGGCCAGGGAUCUUUCGUAUUCUCCUCGAAGUACUGAGCAUCAACCAGAUGUUAGUUGGGAAAAAAAAUAUGAGUGCUAUUCUAGUAAAAUAAAGAUGUGUCUUCUUAGAAUGCUUACUGGGAAAGACAUUCAAAUAGGAGUGCUUGUAGCUGGUCCUCACAUCCAAUUGUCAUCAAGGAAGAUCGGAGCAAGGAAUGUUAAUGAAGGUGUGAACAGCCAUGUAGUUAGUGGGAACGAUUUUCACCUUGGAUUUGAUAUCUGUGACAUUGAAGUUGUUGUUUGGCCAACUUCAAAGUCUGAUUUGGCACCAAUACACACCUGCACAGAACAGGAUGAUGAAGAUCCUGAGUGCCUCAGGUUGCAGGAGCUUAAGAUACUUGAUAUUCCGAAACUGGAAAAUACAAAGUAUGCAUCUAAGGGUGGGAAUUCUCUUCGUUUCUAUCUGAGACUCAACGGUUUGCAGGUUUACUUUGAGGAUGUGGUAGAAAAACAGAAAAAUCAAAUAUUCAUACUGGAUCCCUUAACAUGUCAGCUAUCAUCCUUCAGGGAGUGUGUACAUUCGUUUAGCACAACCUCUAUUGCUUUUUCAACGGCUUUUUAUGGGCUGGCCAUGGGAUUUACUAUAUUAUUAUUUUUUGAUGAGUUGUAUGCUCGCGUUCAGGUUCUUACUGGUUUAUUUUCUGAUUUAUCACAUCCUUUUCACAACUUUGGCUUUCCUGGUAACAAAUCCGUCCAUAUGUUUAGGAGACAAGAUAUGGUUUCUGGGGUUACUGAGGAUGAGGAGCUGAAUACAAAAGCAACACCCUUGAUUUAUAAUAACACGCUGUUUUUAAUUAAUGGCAUCUUUAAACUCAAGUCAGUGGAUAUCUUUCUCUGUAAUUCUGGGAUAUGCAAUAAAGAAAGGAGUUCGAAGAUAGGUCUUGACGCUGGUAGUAGUAACAAUUCAGCUGCCAAUUACUUAUCUGAUUGCGGUACUUGGAUUUCAUUCCAUCAAAUAUGUUUUGACAUAUUGUAUGAGGAAAGGAAAUUGGAAUUACUCAUUGAUUUAUCAGGAAUUCAAUCUGUGAUCGUCAGAUACGAGGACUACAUGAGAAAAAGUAUUAAUCGCCCUGCAUUUAGAGAGUUUGUGCUUUGUGCAGACAAUUGCUUAUAUGAGGUAUCACUUUCUCAUUGCAUAUUUACUUUGUUAUUGUGUCUGCCUCAGAUUUCCUCAUCUUCAACUAGUGUGAGUGAGAGGCUAGAUGCUUCUACUUCUGAGGCUAAUGCAUCAUAUGCGGUGGUAGAUGCCUCUUUUAGCAGUGAACAGGAGCCAAGUUUUCAGUCUCCUGAUUUUCUGCAGAAGUUAGGCUUUACUUCGAAUAUCCAAGUGCCAUCUUCAAGCCAUCGGAUAUUCAUAAAUGUGGUAGUGGCUGAGGUUUUUAUGACAAGGUGUUCGGUGAAAGAUAUUCUGAUUGGUGCACAAAAAUUCAAUAAGCUUCUGUCAGCACUUUAUGUUGGGGCAGAAUUCCAGACAAUUGCUUGGGGAAUCCAGGGAGGUUUUCUUUGCCUUGAAACAACAGCUUUGGCAAUGUUUGUGCAGUGUUUUGCUUCCUACAUACAUCGCAUAAAAAAUGUAAUAUGUGUUUUGCAAUCAACUGCCAAGCACAUGCAAAGAGCUGAACAAGAUGAUAAUCAUCCUGUUGGUGGGCAUGCCCAAGAGAUGCCCCUUACUUCUCAGCAAGGCAAACGGCAACUGCCAGAAGCUUUUAAUUUAGAUCUUUCUCAAUUUUCUCUUGUUCUUGUUGAAAGUGAAUCAAGUCCUAUUCAGGAAUUUUUGUUGGAGCUUGAUCUGAUUCUGAACCUUGAUAUGGCAAAUAUGCAAAGGAAGUUUAUGUUUAAGCUUUCUCGGCUAUCAAUCUUUUCUCAAGUCAUUCAACAAAGUGCAGAAGAUGAAAUCCAAAUUCUUCAUUUCUCUUCUGCCCAAUCAAAUGAAUUAUCAUCUCAUCUUAUAUCUAGAGAAUCUGCUUUAGCAUUUCAGCAUGAAGAUGGGAGUUGUCUGGUUGAUGACAGUUGCUCAAGAGGUCCUGUUUCCCCGGGGGCCUUUUGCUUGCAUCAUCAGGACUAUAUCUUGAAGCAUCUUACUGCUUCUUUAUUAGUUGAGAAGGCCGAAGUUAGUCCUUUGGACCCAAAACAGGUUUGGGUUGGCAGUGGUUCUGUUUCAGGUUUUGAUAUGACAAUUUCGUUGUCAGAACUACAAAUGAUUCUGUCCAUGGUCUCAUCCUUCUCUGGGUUAUCAGGCAAAGGAUUGAGUGGUGAAUUUGUGCAAAGGAAUUGGUCUUAUAACCAACAAGAUGACAACAACUUUGAGGCGAGGAUUCCUGAUGGAGCAAUUGUUGCUAUUCAAGACGUACACCAGCAUCUGUACUUUAUGGUUGAAGGUGGAGAAAAUCAGUACUCUAUAGGAGGUGCAGUUCAUUAUUCCCUCGUUGGAGAAAGGGCUCUUUUCAGGGUCAAGUACCAAAAACAAAAAUGGAACUCGUCAGCUUUGUGGUUCUCCUUAAUAUCAUUGCAUGCUAAGAACAACUCAGGGGAGCCAUUGCAAUUAAACUCUUAUCCAGGAUCAGGUUUUGUUGAACUUUCCAGCACCACUAAUAAUUCUUGGGCACUUUGGAGUAUUCUUUCUUGUAAACCAGAGACUUAUGAGGGUGACAUUGACUGGGAGCCUUACAAUCAAGUGCUUAGAAAUACUUUUUACCUGGUGAACAAGAAGAAUGGAUGUGCUGUUGCUUUCAGUGAUACGGUUCCAGUGUUUGUCAGGAAGCAUGGAAAUCCAUUCAAGUUCAAAGUGUUUAGUGAUAUGUCGGUUGCUCAAGAUGUUGUGACAUAUAGUACAUACCCUUUGAACUCUUCUGGAACCGAGGUGAAUCAAAGUACUCAUGGAGAUGGAGAGAGUUAUUGGCAAAGUCGAAAUCUGCCAUGCAUUGAUAUUUCUAUUGACAAAGUUGCUUUGACUGUUGUCCACAAACUUUCAGAUACAAAUGACAGGUUUCCUCUUCUUCAUGGUUGCAUCAAUGGGACUCAACUUACUUUACAAAUUCUAUCCACUAAAGCCAGAGUUAUAUGCACCUCAAAGGCUUUGCUUCAUUACUUUGAUGCACAGACAAACUCUUGGAGAGAUUUUCUUCGCCCUGUUGAAAUAUGUAUUUUCUAUCGUUCUCAUUUCCAAAAUCCACAUGGUGUCCCUGUCCAUGUCUACUGCAGAACCAAAGAGUUGGAAAUAUCCCUAACUGAGCUUUCGUUGGACAUUCUUCUUUUUGUGAUUGGGAAAUUAAAUUUGGCCGGUCCUUUUUCAGUGAGAAGCUCCAUGAUUCUUGCAAACUGCGGCAAGGUGGAAAACCAGACAGGUUUGAACCUUCUUUGUCACUUUUAUGGCAAGCAAAGUGUGACAGUGGGCAGGAAACAGUCUGCUUCCUUUGCUUUAAGGCUCUCAGCUUUUGAAAAUCAACCACCAGAAGCGGCAGCAGUUGUUUCAAUCCAGCUUUCCCUUCCUGGUUCAUUUACAACUUCUCCAAUUCAUCUUUCUCUCCUAGGAGCUCAAACAUUUGCUUGGAGAACACAACUAGUGUCACUUCAAGAUUCAAAAUCUUACCCUGGGCCAUUUGUUGUGGUUGACGUUUCUAGGAAAUCUGAGGAUGGUUUGUCAAUAUCAGUUUCUCCAUUAAUCAGAAUACACAAUGAAACUAAAUUCUCUAUUGAGCUACGAAUUAGUCGACCGGAACCAAUGGAAGAUGAAUUUGCAUCUGUGUCAUUGAAGGCUGGUGAUACAUUUGAUGACGCCAUGGCAUCAUUUGAUGCUAUAAAUUUCUCUGGUGGAUUUAGAAAAGCGGUGAUGUCAUUAAAUGUUGGUAAUUUCUUGUUUUCUUUUAGACCUGAAAUCUCAAAUGACUUGAUGCAUUCUGAUUCUCCGCUUUCAGUCGAGUGGUCAGAUGAGAUUAAAGGUGGAAAGGCAAUUCGUCUUUCUGGAAUUUUUGAUAAACUAAGCUAUAAAGUGCGAAAGGCUUUAUCUAUUGGAUCACUGAAAUGUUCCUUUAGCACAACGUACUGUACCAUCAAAUCUGCAGCUGCACAUCUUUCUGACAUGCACUUUUUAAUUCAAAGCAUUGGGAGAGAAGUUCCUAUCAUGAAACCUGAUAAGUCUAAGGAUGAGCUUCAGAAUAGACAUGAACCAAUUUCACUACAGGAGGAGAAGGAAGUUUUUAUUCUCCCCACUGUGCGGGUGACCAAUCUUCUGCAUUCAGAAAUACACGUGCUUUUGACUGAGACAAAUUUAUGUACCCCUACUGGCCAUGAUAACAUUGGGAAGGAGGCAACUCUACCUUGCGGAUCAACUGUCGACUUUUAUGCUAAUCCUGCCAUAAUGUACCUAUUUGUUACUUUGACUGCUUUUGGUUCAACAUGUAAACCAGUAAACAGUGGUGAAUGGAUCAAAAAGUUACUGAAGCAUAAGAAUGAUGUUCCUUGCUUGGACAUUGACCUGGAUUUUGGUGGUGGAAAGUACUUUGCAUCUCUAAGACUAUCCCGUGGAUACAAUGGCAUAUUAGAGGUCACUGUCUAUACACCGUAUACCCUGAAAAAUGAUAGCGAUAUUUCUCUUUUCUUCUCUGCUCCUGGUCAGAAGCCUUCUUUUAGAAAUGAAAUGGGGAGCGUUGGUCCUGAAUUCGGUUUAGUUUUGCCUCCAAAGUCAACAGGGUCAUGGUUUCUGAAAUCUCGUAAGAUGCAUCUCAGAUUAUUAGAAGAUCAUGCUUCUGAGACACAGAUUGAUUUAGAUGCUCUAUCUGGCCCUACGGAGGUAAGCUUGGAGAUAGAGGAAAGAUCUGGAGUGAAAUAUAUUGCAAAGUUUGGGGUAUCCAUGGGGCCCACAUUGAGUAGAGUUGCACCGUCACAAAUGAUAACUAUGGCUCCAAGGCAUGUUGUGCUGAAUGAGUCAGAGGAAACUAUCACUGUUCGUCAGUGUAAUUUGGAGGUUGACAUAGAUGGCAUGAUUUCCAUCAACAGUAGACAGAGAAGAACACUGUGGUUGCAGACUGAAAUGAGCAAAAGGAGAGAAUACAGUUUAUUUGAGAAUUUCAUCAAAAAGCAUAGAAAUGAUAGUGAUAGUUCUUUAAUAUAUAUUCAGUUUCGGUUGAAUGAGUCUCAAUUGGACUGGUCAGGACCAUUAUGCAUCACUUCAUUAGGAUGCUUUUUCCUAAAAUUCAGAAAACAGUCGAAUCAGUUGACAAUAGAAGACAAAAAGAUUGUAGAAUUUGCAGCAGUUCAUGUAGUAGAAGAGGGUUCUACUAUUGUAGUGCGCUUCCAGAAGCCACCAAAUGCCAAACUACCAUAUCGGAUUGAGAAUCAUCUGCGUGGUGUAUCUCUUACUUACUUUCAAAAGAAUUCAUCAGAGCCGGAGUUCCUUGGAUCUGAAUGCAGUGUUGAUUAUACCUGGGAUGAUGUUACUCUUCCUCAUAAACUUCUUGUUGUAAUAAAUGAUAUGAAUCUGCCACGUGAAAUCAACUUAGACAAAGUGCGGACAUGGAAGCCCUUUUACAAACUUACACAAGAAAGGUUAGGAUCUCAUAUGCUUUUGGACAAAAAAUUCAAGGGCAGGAGAAGUAAUUUUGGUGACCUUAAGGGCAUGAAUGCUGUAAAGGUGGGGUAUGAAAUAUAUGCAGAUGGUCCCACACGGGUUUUACGGAUUUGUGAGUUUUCAGAUAUUCAUAAGCAAAACAAAGCUUCUCACUCAAGUGCAAAGAUCCGAAUGAGAGUGUCCCAGUUUGCUAUCCAAUUGCUUGAACAAGGAAAAGAGGAUUUAAACCAGAGUUCAACACCAUCUUAUACACCAGUUGUAGUUGCAAGGCUUCAGAAUAUUUGUCUGGAUUCUGUCUUCACUGACCAACAGAAAUAUAACCAGAUCGUUGUACAGUCAUUGAAUGUUGAUGUGAAGUGGACGGGAGCACCUUUUGUAUCAAUGCUUCGUGGACAUCAGUUAGACUACAGUGAUGCGAAUGAUAGCAUACUCAAAAUUGUAUUUGUCCUACUUUCAGCAGGAACUGAUGUUAAACAAGUAAAAUAUUCAUCUGUCAUUUUGCAGCCAAUUGAUUUGAAUGUUGAUGAGGAUACUUUGAUGAAAAUUGUCUCAUUUUGGAGAAGAUCUCUUAGUGACUCAAAUGCUCCAAGUCAGCAGUUCUAUUUUGAUCAUUUUGAGAUCCACCCAAUAAAGAUUAUUGCUAGCUUUGUUCCCGGGGAAUCCUAUUCAAGUUAUAAUUCAGCCCAGGAAGCUCUGAGAUCAUUGCUGCAUAGUGUGGUAAAGGUUCCUCCUAUAAAAAAGAUGGUUGUGGAGCUUAAUGGGGUCUCGAUUACUCAUGCUCUUGUAACAAUUCGUGAAUUGUUAAUAAGAUGUGCACAACAUUAUUCAUGGUAUACCAUGAGGGCCAUCUCGAUUGCUAAAGGCAGCCAAUUGCUGCCCCCAGCAUUUGCAUCGAUAUUUGAUGACUUAGCUUCAUCUUCGCUUGAUAUCUUUUUUGAUCCUUCUCAAGGACUGAUGAAUAUUCCUGGUAUCAAAUGGGGUACCUUCAAAUUCAUUAGUAAAUGUAUCCAUGGUAAAGGUUUCUCCGGAACAAAACGCUACUUUGGUGAUCUGGGCACAACUCUGAGAAAAGCGGGAUCUAAUGUAGUCUUUGCUGCUGUUACCGAAAUAUCUGACUCUGUUCUUAAGGGAGCAGAAACAAGUGGCUUUGACGGGAUGGUGAGUGGUUUUCACCAAGGAAUGUUAAAGUUGGCCAUGGAGCCAUCAGUCUUGAGUACAGCUUUGAUGGGGGGUGGGCCAGAAAGAAAAAUCAAGCUUGAUAGGAGUCCUGGGGUUGAUGAGCUGUACAUUGAAGGAUACUUACAAGCUAUGUUGGACACAAUGUACAGGCAAGAAUAUCUUAGAGUCAGAGUAGUCGAUGAUCAGGUUAUCCUUAAGAACCUACCUCCUAGCAAAUCCCUCACAAAUGAGAUCAUGGAUCGAGUAAAGGGGUUUCUUAUUAGCAGAGCAUUGUUAAAAGGAGAUCCUUCAGCAGCUUCUCGCCCCAUGCGCAAUGUUCAAGGAGAAAGUGAAUGGAGAAUUGGACCAACCGUCGUAACAUUGUGUGAACACCUCUUUGUGAGUUUUGCAAUCCGUAAGUUAAGAAAGCAAGCGGAUAAAUAUAUCAGGAGAAUCAAGUGGAAGAAAGAGUCAGAGAGUGAUGAUCUCAAAGCAAUUAUCCCUGCAAACACAGGGGAAGAGCAAAACGUAAGGUUUGUUUGGAAAUGGGGCAUUGCCAAAUUCCUUCUUUCAGGUAUCCUGGCGUAUAUCGAUGGAAGGUUAUGUCGAUGUAUCCCUAGCCCUGUGGCGCGUCGAAUUGUGAGUGGCUUUCUAUUGAGUUUUCUCGACCAAAAUAAUGACUGAUGAAAACCCUUUAUUGUAUAGCUAGGCUCAUAUUCCUUUUUUUUUUAACUCUCUUUUGUAUAGCCCUACUUCUCUUAAAAUGUUUUAUUUACGUGAUUCUCCGAUAUACACAGACAUACACGUAUACAUGCAUAUGGGCAUGAAAUGAUGAUAUAUAGUUCUACUUUGCAUUUGGAAGUAA